AUGUCAGAGUCUAUACAUUCAGCAGCCACUGAGAAGAUCAACGAUCACAAUAAACACAUCAUUCGUCCUCCAAAGUUCACCACUAGAGCGAUCAAAAACUACCUCAAAACAAGAUUCACUUCUUUGUGGGUUGGGUGGGAUGAGUUGAGAAGCUAUAGUUGGUAUGAAUACGUCAACCCUUUUCAGCCGCUCAUCGAAAUGAAUCUGCACCAAUGGAAUUUUUUCUUUAUGGGGUUCUGGGCAUGGACUUGGGACGCAUUUGAUUAUUUCAUCACCAGCUUGAAUGUUUCAAACAUUGCUGCUGACUUGGAUGUCAAGACAAAAGAUGUGACGUGGGGUAUUACAUUGGUGUUGAUGUUGAGAACUGUUGGUGCCUUGAUAUUUGGUGCUAUUGGUGAUACAUUUGGAAGAAAGUGGCCAUAUAUCAUCAACUUGGGAUUGCUCAUGGUUCUUCAAAUCGGUUGUGGGUUUGUCCAAACAUUUAAACAAUUUCUUGCGGUGAGGGCAUUAUUUGGUAUUGCCAUGGGUGGUAUUUUUGGUAUUUGUGCAGCUGAUGCUCUUGAAGAUGCACCAAAAAAGGCAAGAGGUGUCUUGUCUGGUAUUUUUCAAGAAGGUUACGCUUUUGGGUAUUUGUUGGCAGUUUGCUUUCAAAGAGCAUUUGAUGAGACCAAACAUACCUGGAGAAACAUGUUCUACUUCUCUGCUGGUGUUCCUGUCAUUUUCAUUUUGUGGAGGUUCAUCAAUCCAGAGACAAACACUUAUCAGCGUCAACAAGAACGUAUGAAGAGAGAAGCGGAGGCUAGACCAUCUCGACAUGCUCAGCUCGUUGAGUUUGGAAACCAAGCAAGAAAAGCGUUGAAAACAUAUUGGUUAAUUAUUAUCUAUUUGGUGUUGAUGAUGUCAGGUUUCAAUUUUAGUUCUCACGGUUCCCAAGAUUUGUACCCAACCAUGUUGAAAGAAACUUAUCAUUUUGGCGAUGACAAAUCAACCGUUGUGAAUGUUUGUGCCAACUUGGGAGCCAUUGCUGGCGGUAUAGUGAUAUCCCAUCUUUCCACUUUUAUCGGAAGACGUACAGCUAUCUUGAUUGGAAAUGUCUUUGCGGGUGCAUUCAUCUAUCCCUGGGCAUUCAAACCUAUGUGGGUCACAGCUUUCUUUAUGCAAUUUGGUAUACAAGGUUCCUGGUCUGUUGUCCCAAUUCACUUGACUGAAUUGUCACCACCCCAUUUCAAAACCAUUGUCACAGGUGUGGCAUACCAAUUGGGUAAUUUGGUCAGUUCCGCAAGCUCGACCAUUGAAGCAACUAUCAAUGAUACCUUGAACGAUUACGGAAAAACAAUGGCCAUUUUCAUCGGUGCAGUUAUUGGUUACUUGAUGCUUAUUGUCUUUAUUGGUCCAGAGAAUAGAGGUGCAGAUUUGAGUAUUGAAAGGGAUGACGAAAUGAGUGUUUACGAUGUUGAUGAGCCAGGCGACAAGGAUGAACUAGCAUCCAAGGUCGAGUAUGACAAUAAAGAAUCGGAGGGGGUCUUUUAUGAAAAGCCAAGUGUCGAACAUAGAGAUUAA